AUGGCAGAUAUAGCUUCGAGCUCUAUCGUUGCAAUACCUGCGGUUGUUGAGGAAACCUUGCAACGAUUAUCAUCAAAGUCAUCCGUGAUAGCGACUCUCGCCAUUGAGCGCGAGUCUUUGACGGUACUAGCCUCCUCGGGUCAGACCAGUGUCUUCAAUCUUCCGGAUUCCACUACCGCUACUCCAGCAGCGACUUCUCCCUCCACAACUGGGGCUCAAGGAAUUGAAAAUUUUGCAAAUAUGAUAGGGAACUAUGUGAAUAACACGUCAAAAUUCAUCUGUGAUAUGGACGAGGAGGAUGGUUUAAGGCUCUUGCGAGUCCGAACAAAGAAGCUUGAAUUCGUCAUUGUUCCUGAUAGUAAAUACUUAUUCAUCGUGGCUCACGAGGUGCCAGCAUAA